AUGUACCUCUAUGGUGGAGUUGGUAAAACGAGAUUUGAUGAAGAUUCCCACCAUUCCCACCUCCGGCCACUCACUCCAAAUCUAUUCCAUGAUUACCCAACCCCGUCACAUUCCGGUGAUCACUCGCCACAAUCGGAGAGUUUCGGGGAAUUCGAGCGGCGAACCGUCGAAAAUCGUCUUGAACGGGCGAUCUCUUUACCCGAAACGCCAACCAAUCACAGUUCUGAGAUGGUGCUGCCGACGCCGCCAAUUCGGGUGCAACGCGAAUUCAGCCAUGAUACCCCGGCCACUCCACCAACAUCGCCCACCGCCGCAAACCCGCAACAACUAUCGACCGAAUCACCGAAUCGCAGAAGCUUAAAGCACCGUCCGAUCGAUGAGUCGCACACGCCAAAGAAUCUCACUGUACUCACCGGAUCGUACCGAAAAGUACUCUCGGCGACGGAACUCGCCCAAGAGCUGCAGGACUACAAGAGUGGAUUAGCCGCCAAAGUGGGCUCUGUGCCGGCAAAUCAUUUGCCCGAGGGUAAAGUGCUUGUCUUAUACACGGGUGGUACAAUCGGAAUGAAGAGUGUAAAUGGAGUCUACUCACCGGUGCCCGGAUAUUUACCCGAAGUUCUACGGACGAUUCCACCGCUGAAUGAUCGGGAGUAUGUGGAGAAAGAAUACGGUCUUGUUGGACCGAAUUCGAUUCAGCCGUACGCUCUGCCACCAGUGAAACACAUGAAGAAACGGGUUGUGUAUUGGAUAGUCGAAUACGAUCCAUUGCUGGACAGUUGUGAUAUGACGUUCGAUGACUGGAUACGCAUUGCGACUGAUAUAAAAAAAGCUUAUCAUCACUACGACGGCUUUGUUGUGCUACACGGCACCGACACUCUCGCUUACACAAGUUCGGCACUGUCGUUUAUGAUGGAGAACUUGGGAAAACCCGUGAUCAUUACUGGAUCUCAAAUUCCCGUAGCUGAAGUGAGGUCUGAUGGAAUGGAUAAUUUGGUCGGAUCAUUGAUUAUUGCCGGAAAUUUCGACAUCCCCGAAGUCGCUGUGGUCUUCAACAACAAGCUGAUGCGCGGGAAUCGCACGAUGAAACUUGACAAUUCCGCGCUUGACGCCUUUGUUUGCCCAAACAUGCACCCUUUGGCCGAGAUGAACAUUAACAUCAAAGUGUACUAUGAGGCAAUCUUCCGAUCCGGUUCAAUUGCCCCGUUUAAUGUGCACGAGGAUUUGUGUCGUGAUGUUGGAAUGCUACGUCUUUUUCCAUCUAUGAGUAUACAAACGGUACGCGCCUUUUUGGCCGAACCCAUCAAAGGAGUUGUUCUGCAAACGUUUGGCUCCGGAAACAUGCCGUCAAAGCGAACGGACAUCAUUGAAGCAUUAAAAAGCGCGGUUGCUCGAGGAGUUCUCAUCGUGAAUUGCACCCAAUGCAUCAAAGGACAAGUCGAUGUGCACUAUGAGACCGGAAAAAUUCUUUACGAUAUUGGUGUAAUUCCGGGAUCCGACAUGACUUCCGAAGCAGCAAUGACAAAAUUAUGCUACAUCAUCGGCAAAGAUGACUGGGACCAUCAGACAAAGAUGAAGAUGCUUCAAACGAACCUCCGAGGAGAGCUCACCAUCACCCAACAAGAAUUGAAGCAAAAUGAAAUUAUUACGCACAUUGCUCGUUACUUGCGACUUUCGUCUAUCCAGGAAAUUCAAGUUGUGAGGAACUCCUUGCUCCCGCCACUCAUUUGCCAAGCUGCAAAGGAAGGAAAUGUUGAAACACUCGAAACUCUUCGCGAAUCCGGCGGCCACUUUUCGUACCAAGAUUAUGAUGGACGCACACCGCUACACGUUGCCGCUUCUUGGGGACAAAAAGAUGCUGUUGAAUAUUUGCUCAAGCAUGGAGCUAAUGUACAUGUGAAAGAUCGUUGGAACUGCAAUGCUAUCCUGUGCGCGAUUCGGGCUCGCAACAUCGAUGUGGUUCGAGUGAUUAAAGAGGCUGGCGGGAGAAUUGAUGGGAAUCCAAAAGAAACAGGAAUGGAGCUGUGCUUUGCUGCAUCACAAGGGGACUUUUCCUUGCUGGAAUGUUUUGCGGCCGCUGGCGCAGAUUUACGUUCCACCGACUACGAUGGGCGAACCGCUUUGCAUUUGGCGAGUUCAAAUGGUCAUCUGGAUGUCGUCGAAUAUCUGCUCGAACGAGGACUCAAUGCUCGAAAGAAAGAUCAUUUCGGGAACACGGCACUCGAUGAAGCUACGAAAGGAAAACACGAUAAGGUCGAGACGGUGCUACUUCGUUCCUUGUCGAUGAAAAAGUCAACCGGUGAAAACGAUGGAAUCCUCUUCAAGAUUGAUCCCUUUCCUAGUCCACCACAAGGA